GAGGCGGACAGCAUGCCACAGAAUGUUCCCAUUCAAGCCAGCGCCGGGUCAGUUUGGCCCAGAGGUCCGGGAGCCCGGUCUGAGGGUGUGGAGGGUGGAGAAGAUGAAGUCGGUGCAGCUGGAUCCCUCUGAGGUGGGGGCUUUCUACAACGGAGACUCCUACCUGGUGCUGGAUAACCGUGGCGAGGAGGGAGCGGACCUCCAUAUGUGGAUAGGAAGGCGGCGUGGAGUCAGGCUUCAGGAGGGCUCAGGACUCCACGACCAUCCAGAGRUUAUAUCAGAUCAAAGGGAAACGAAACAUCCGUGCCAAAGAGGUGGAGUUGGCCUGGAGCAGCUUCAACAAGGGCGACUGCUUCAUCCUUGACCUCGGGGAGACGGUCAUAUCGUGGACCGGGUCGCAGGCCAACAUCUUCGAGAAGCAGAAGGUGCGCGAGAUCGCCUCGCUGAUCCGAGACACGGACCGACACGGGAAGGCUCGGAUCRUGGACAUCUGCGAGGGGGAGGAGCCUGAUGAGAUGUUGAAGGUUCUGGGCCCGGUACCAGCGCUGGCAGAGGGCUCUCCAGAGGAGGACAGCAAGGCCGACGCCUCCAACUCGGCCUCGCUCUACAAGGUUUCUGACGCCACGGGUUCGAUGAGCAUGACCAAGGUGUCGGACAAAAGCCCGUUUGACAAGGACCUGCUGGUCCGAGACGACUGCUUCAUCCUGGAUAACGGAGCCAACGGAAAAAUCAUCGUCUGGAAAGGUAACGGGGCCAACCCGGAGGAGAAGAGGGUGGCGCUGCAGAUGGCCGACAGCUUCAUUGAAAAAAUGAACUACCCCAGGAUGAAAACACAG